AUGGCUAGUAGUCUUACACGUACAUUCUUAUAUGGUUCAAGAAUUGCACAAACAAGUUUUGUGCGUGCACUUGGUACUAAAGGUCCAGGCAGCAAUAGCAGUAAUACAACAUCAGGUGGUUAUGGUGGAAGUGGCCCAGAAUCUCAAUCAUCAGAUAAAAACAGUUCAUCAUCUCAACCAUUAGGUGGUCAAGGUCAACAAGGUGGUCAUGGUCAACAAGGUGGUCAUGGUCAACAAGGAGGUAGUUCUGGCAAUAAAAGUAGUCCAGCUUCUCAAACAUCAGGUGGCUUUGGUCAACAAGGAGGUAGUUCUGGUAAUAAAAGUAGUUCAGCUUCUCAAACAUCAGGUGGCUUUGGUAAUAGUGACCAAUCAACAACUGAUAAAAUCAAAGAGAAAGCAGGUGAUUAUGCUGAUAAAGCACGUGAUGCUGCUGGUAAUAUGGCUGAUUCAGCUAAAGAUGCAGUUAAUAAAGCAAAAGAUUGGAUUAAAGAUAAUAAAGAUAAAAUAACAUCCGAUGAUUCUAUUAAUAAAGCUCGUGAUUCUGUAAAAAGUGGUGCCGAUAAAGUAAAAUCUGGUGCUGAUCAAGCUGCUAACAAAGCUAAAAAAUCUCAUUAA